AUGCUGAAAGCUGAUAAGAAAGACUACGGGCGCAUCUGUGCCGAGUUUGGUGUCUCAGACUUGCAUUUGAUUCUCAAGAAACUUGAAGAGAAGAAGAAGGAGCGAGCGCAAAAUAACUACAAGGAUGGUACAACUGCAUAUGAUAAAAAUGGAACGGGGGACCACAGCCUUUCGAGUGGUGAGAGGACGAAAAAUUCUAAUAUCAAAGUGAUGCAAAAGGGCACCGGGCUCCAUCGGGAGGAUGAAGAGGUCCAUCUCGCCAACACAGGGCUGGAUCUGACAGAUGAAGAGGCCAUGCUUCUUUCUACAGAAUUCAUAUUUUCCACUGUGGACUUUGUCAUCAAAAUUCAGGAGCUUAAAGCUCAAGAAGGAGACGAUGCCCUCUUUGCGUGUGUCCUUACCCACCCACUGCCCAAGAUCACAUGGACGGGCAAGGGCAGCACCCUGGAGGAGGGAGAGAAGUACAGAAUCACCGUGUCGGACCACAAACUCAUCCACCGACUGCUUAUUAAAGACUGUGACCCGCUGGACCAAGGCAUCUAUUCAGCUGUGGCUGGCGUUACGUCCUGCAGUGCCUGGCUGGUUGUUCAAGCUGAGGGUGACCCUGCUUCCGCUGGGAUGCGGAGAGCUCGUAAAACUACCAUGGCGAGUGGAGCGCCGAUCGACCUUGAGAAGGUGGCCGCAGAGCAAGAAAUAAAAAACCGAGAGGAGAUGGAGAAGAUUUUCGCAGCGGUAAAAGCAAAACACAGAGAAGGACAAGUGGCAGCCAUGGUCAAAAAGUCAAAAGGAAAUGGCAUAGACACUACAUUGGACAACUCGGGAUGUGUAAUGCGAACAGGAGGGAAACCCCUUGGUAACCCAAAGAACAAGAAACGCAUCCGAUCAGGGCAAGAUCCAAAUGAACUAGCAAGUGACGAUGAAGCAAGCUACAGUGAUGAGAGUGAGGACUCUCCUGGCAAGCACAAGCGUUCACGUUGUUCAAAGCAAAGCAAGAUGCUAAAGAAAGUCAAUGGUGAAAGCACAUGUCCUGAAGAACACAGUGGGGAUGACGAGACUGAAGGUUUCACUGGCGCAGCGAUACAUUCAAGGCGUAAAAGACGAGGACCGCUGAUAGAGGAUGUGGUGAUUGAUCCAGGGGUUCAUUUCAUCUGUGGUUUGUCUGAUGUCAAUGCCGUCAUCAAUGAGACUGCUGAGUUAACAUGUAAGCUCAGCAGUGAAGACUGUGAGGGAGCCUGGUUCAGAGACGGCAAAAAGAUAUCCCCGGAUGACAAUUUCAGUGUGACUAAUGAUGGUGCGAUCCAUAAAUUAGUCAUAAUCAGGUGCGAGGAAGAGCACUCUGGGAAAUACCGCUUUGAGGUAGAUGGUCGCAAAACAGAGGCGAUGAUCAACGUCAAAGAUCCCCCAAGGUUUAACCACGCAGACCUCAGAGCUUUCGCUGAGCCUGUGACGGUUAAAGCAGGUCACAACGCCAUCUUCAAGCUGCAGUUUGUUGGCCAUGAACCCGUAAAGAUAAAGUGGUACAGUGAAGGAGAAGAGCUCCUAGAUGACAACAACACAAAAAUAGAGAAAUCUGCAAGUCACACCCGUUUGCUACUGAGCAGGUGCCAGAGGAAGGACACGGGAGAGAUCAGGAUUAAGCUCAAGAAUGAACAUGGCGUCGUUGAGGCAAUUUCACAGUUAAUUGUGCUCGACAAACCCACUUCCCCCCUGGGUCCUGCAGAGGUAAUAGAAGGCUCCGCUAUUUGUAUUGAAUUUAGGUGGAGGUCGCCAAAGGAUGAUGGUGGCUCACCAGUGAUCAACUAUAUGGUUGAGCGACAGCAGGUGGGACGAAACACCUGGAAGAAAAUUGGGGAAAUCCCAGGUGUAACCAGCUACCGCGAUACAGACGUGGACCAUGGCCGGAAAUAUUGUUACCGUAUCCGGGCAGUUACUGCCGAGGGUACAAGUGAAGUAAUGGAGACUGAUGAAAUGCAGGCUGGCACACUGGCUUUUCCCGGCCCUCCGGCACCCCCAAAGGUGGUCAGUGCCUACGACGACUGUGUCAACAUCUCCUGGGCUCCACCGAGUAACACGGGAGGUUCCCGUAUCCUGGGCUAUUUCUUAGAGAAACGCAAGAAGGGGAGUAACCUCUGGUCCGUCGUCAAUGCCGCAGAUGAACUCAUAAAAGAGAAGAAAUAUGCUGUGAAAGAUGUUGUGACAGGAAUGGAAUAUGAAUUCAGAGUCACUGCCAUAAACCUCUCAGGACUUGGGGAAUACAGCAGCCCCUCAGAGUUUGUUUUUGCACGGGAUCCAAAAAAGCCUCCUGGUAAAGUCUCAAACCUGAGGGUGACGGACAGUUCUUACUCCCACUUUGUCCUCACUUGGACCAAACCGGAGGAUAAACCGGAGAUUCAGGAUGAGGCCAAGGGAUAUUUUGUUGAGAUCCGACCUUCUGAGUGCCUCGACUGGUCCCGCUGUAAUCCCACUCGCAUCAUCACGACUUCCUUCAGCGUGAAAGGUCUGAAGUCCAUGAACAUGUACUGGGUGAGAGUCAUCGCGGUGAACGAUGGGGGGGAGAGUGCUCCCGAGGAGCUGGCCAACUAUGUCCUCGCAAUUCCCUCACCCGUGAGGCCAAAAUUCACAAACCACAAGAUGAAGAGCUUCAUGGUGGUGAAGGCAGGGAACUCUGUCAGGAUCACAGUGAACUUUGAGGCCUCCCCUCGGCCACAUGUUAUGUGGAUAAAGGACAACGUGCCAGUGACAAAACGAGUCACAAUCAGCAACUCUGAUGGCUCAUCGCAGCUGCUGAUCCCCUCGUCUGAGCGCUCGGAUUCUGGUAUCUAUUCCAUUUUGGUGAAAAAUCUCGCAGGACAGGAGACAUUUAGUACAGAGGUCAGGGUCACAGACGACCCAAAGCCACCGGGAGCGGUAGAGCUGGAGGAAAACGUGGCCGGCACGGUGACAGUGAUCUGGGAGCCUUCUCCCGAUGAGAAGCGCGAUGACCGCCUCCACUACACCGUGUCCAAACUGGACUCCACCAAACGCAAUUGGACAACAGUGGCUGAAAAACUCUUCAACAACAAGUGUACAGUCUGCAACAUCAUGCCCGGGAGGGAAUACCACUUUCGGGUGUAUGCCAAAAACGACAUGGGGGUCUCGGCGCCGUCAGAGUCACCAACCUGUUGGAAGGAGAAGAAGAAAGAAAAAUGUGUGGUGAGCGUACCGACCAGAAAGGACUGCGAUCUGCGGUGCGCUCCGACCUUCAUCGUCCCUUUGAAGUUUCACGCGGCCCCUAAGGGCUACGAAUGCCACAUGAGCUGUGCGGUGAAGGGAACCCCGAAGCCUCGCAUCACGUGGUAUCGCAAUCACAUCAGCCUCAACACUGACCCGAACUACUACAUCUCCAACACCUGCGGAGUUUGCUCCAUGCUGAUCCUCCGUGUGGGCCCCAAAGACAUGGGGGAGUACACCAUCGCCGCAGAGAAUGCCCUCGGGCGGGCCGAGUGCUCCACCGUCCUCAGUGUCAAAGAGUGA